GCAUAGUCAGAAGAUGAGGAAGCUGUUUCUGAGAAGAUUGUAUGUGUAGAAGAAGAGUCACUGGUCAAGGCUUCGACAGGUCUGACAACCCAGAAGACCCAUCUUUGAUAUGUACUUGGAGGACAUUGCCAUCGUCUUCUCCCGGGAGGAGUGGGGGCUCCUUGAUGAGACUCAGAAACUUCUGUACUGCGAUGUGAUGCUGGAAAUCUUUGCACUUGUUGCAUCUGUCGGUUGUUGGCCUAAAUCAGAAGAUGAGGAAGCCCUUUGUGAGCAGUGUUCAUCUGUAGAAGGAGAGUCACAGGUCAGGCCUUCUAAGACUGCUCUAGCAGCCCAGAAAACCAGUGUUUGUGAGCAGUGCAGUAAAUGUGAGAAAUCUUUUAGGCGCCAAGAUCAUCUUAACAAUGAGAGACUUCACACUGAAGAAACAUCCUAUGAGUGUAGUUAUUGUGGGAAUUCCUUCAAGCAAAGAUCUUCCCUCACUCAACACCAAAGAGUUCACACUGGUGAAAGGACUUAUGAGUAUAGUGAAUGUGGGAAAUCUUUUAGUUGCAAAAAUCACCUCCUUAAUCAUGAGAGAGUUCACACUGGAGAAAAGCUGUAUGAGUGUGGUGAUUGUGGGAAGUCCUUCAACCAAAGAUCUACACUCACUCAGCACCAGAGAGUUCACAGUGGUGAAAAACCCUAUGAGUGUAAUGAAUGUGACAAGUCCUUCACACAAAGGUCUAAGCUCAUUGAACACCACAGAGUUCACACUGGUGAAAGGCCGUAUGAGUGUAGUGAAUAUGGGAGAUCUUUUACGUGCAAAGAGUACCUCCUUAAUCACAAGAGAGUUCACACUAGAGAAAAGCCAUAUGAGUGUGGUUAUUAUGGGAAAUCAUUCAAGCAAACAUCUGCCCUCACUCGAUACUGGAGAAUUCACACUGGUGAAAAGAUUUGUGAGUGUACUGAAUGUGAAAAGUCCUUCAGACAGAAGUCUAGGCUCAUUGAACACCACAGAACUCACACUGGUGAAAGGCCUUAUGAGUGUAGUGAAUGUGGGAAAUCUUUUAGGUGCAAAGAUUACCUCCUUAAACAUGAGAGCGUUCAUGCUGGAGAAAAGCCAUAUGAGUGUAGUGAUUGUGGGAAGUCCUUCAGUCAAAGCUCUAGUUUUAUUCAACAAAAGAGAAUUCACACUGCAGACAAGCCAUGUGAGUGGAGUGUUGUUGACAAAUGGUUCAAUUACAAACCUGUGCUUAUUCAAGACCAGAGAGUUCACACUAGCAAACAGCUGUAUGAAUGUACUGAUUGUGGGAAGUCCUUCAGCCGAAGCUCGAACCUUAUUCAACAUCAGAGAGUUCACACUGGAGAAAAGCCAUAUGGGUGUAGUGAAUGUGGAAAGUCCUUCAGCCAAAGCUCUGUCCUUAUUCGACACCAGAGAAUUCAUACUAGAGGAAAGCUGUAUGAGUGUACAUAUUGCGGAAAGUCCUUCAGAGAAAUCUCUCAGCUCUUUGAACACCACAGAGGUCAUACUGGUGAAAGGCCUUAUGAAUGUAGUAAAUGUAUGAAAUCUUUUAGGCACAAAGAUCUUCUGCUUAACCACGAGAUAGUUCACACCGUAAAAAUGUCCUAUGAGUGCAGUUAUUGUGGGAAGUUCUUCAACCAAAGAUCUACCCUCACUCAACACCAGACAGUUCACAGUGUUGAAAGGACUUAUGAGUGUCGUGAGUGUGGGAAAUCUUUUAGUCGCAAUAAUCACCUUCUUAAUCAUGAGAGAGUUCACACUGGAGAAAAACCGUAUGAGUGUAUGGAUUGUGGGAAGUCCUUCAAGCAAAGAUCUACACUCACUCAACACCAGAGAGUUCACACUGGUGAAAAACCUUAUGAAUGUAAUGAAUGUGGAAAGUCCUUCAGACAGAGGUCUAAGCUCAUUGAACACAACAGAGUUCACACUGGUGAAAGGCCUUAUGAGUGUAGUGAAUGUGGGAAAUCUUUUAGGCUCAAGAAUCACCUCCUUAACCAUGAGAGAGUUCACUCUGGUGAAAAGCCGUAUGAAUGUGGUUAUUGUGGUAAGUCAUUCAAGCAAACAUCUGCCCUCACUCAACACCAGAGAGUUCACACUGGUGAAAGGACUUUUGAGUGUACUGAAUGUGGAAAGUCCUUCAGACGGAGGUCUAGGCUCAUUGAACACCACAGAGCUCACACUGGUGAAAGACCUUAUGAGUGCAGUGAAUGUGGGAAGUCUUUUAGGUGCAAAGAUUACCUUCUUAAACAUGAGAGAGUUCACACUGGAGAAAAGCCAUAUGAGUGUAGUGAUUGUGGGAAGUCCUUUACCCAAAAAUCUGCCCUUACCCUGCACCAGAGAGUGCACACUGGUGAAAGAACUUUUGAGUGUAGUGAAUGUGGGAAGUUUUUUAGGCACAGUUCUGGCCUUUCCCAACACCGCAAAGUUCACACUGGGUAAAAGCUUUAUGAGUGACUGAAUGAGAGAAAAAUUUGCACAAUUUUUUUUCUACUAUUGAUUUUAGAAAGAGAGAGGAGAAAAGACAAACAUUGAUUUGUUCAAUUGUUUGUGCAUUCAAUAGUUGA